AUGAAACAAAAGCAUAAGCUGGCAUUAAUUGUUGGGCUCCCAGUAUUAGGAGUUAUCAUCAUCAUUCUGUUCCUGAUGGCUUCUUGUUGCAGAAGAAAGACAGAAGAAAUUGGCUCCAAAGACAUUGAGACAAAUUUCGAGUUUAAAGAACGGGAGGGAACAGAUAAAGAGGACUUGAUUAGGUUUCAUGGUGCUGAAGAUCUUACCGCAUUUGAUAUACUGGAAGCUCCAGGGGAAGUGAUAGGGAAAUCUAGUUAUGGGAGUUUGUACAGGGCUAAUUUGCUGCGUUCUAAUUCACUUGCACUGCUUAGAUUUGUUAGGCCUACUUGUACAUUGAGGAUUAAAGAAGUUGUGCCAAUUGUUGAGUUGCUUGGGUCUUUGAGGCAUCCAAAUUUGGUUCCUCUGCUAGCAUUUUAUGCAGGCUCAAGAGGUGAAAAACUGCUUGUUUAUCCAUUUUAUCCAUGGGGCACCUUGGCUGAACUCAUUCGAGAUGGAAAUGGUGAGGCUCACAGAUGGCCAAUCAUACAUAAAGUAUCCAUUGGUAUUGCUAGUGGUUUAAGCUAUCUUCACAAUGAUUUGGAGAUGCCUGUAAUACAUGGAAAUAUAAAGUCGAAGAAUGUGAUGCUUGAUCGGCAUUAUCAACCUUUUCUUUCAGACGUUGGACUGCAUCUUCUUUUAAACACAGCUGCAGCGCAACAAAUGCUUGAAGCUUCGGCCGCUGAGGGAUACAAAGCGCCUGAGUUGAUAAAGAUGAAAGAUGUCAACGAAGAGAGUGAUAUUUAUGGCUUUGGAGUCAUCUUACUUGAACUGUUAACAGGGAAGGAUCCCAUUGAUGAGAAUCCUACCCCAGAUCAGGAUUUUCACUUGCCUAAUGCGAUUAGGACUGCAAUACUUGAUGAUCAAAUCAGGGAAUUGUAUCAUCCAGAGAUAAUUCGAGGCCAAAGCAGUGAUGAGAGGGCAUUAACAGAAGAUCGGAUAUUCAGAAUGUUUCAACUAGCCAUGGCUUGUUGUUCUCCUUCACCAUCACUUAGACCUGAUAUGAAGCAGAUAGUCAGCAAGCUUGAAGAAAUUGGAAACUGA